AUGCGCAGCAGUAGUAUGUACAUCUCCUAUGUAGACGCGCCAAUAACAUACGAUGUGAUUGGUGCGCCUGCGGUGUUUGGGGAGUAUACCACAGUGGGGGGAUACCCAUGCACGGAAUGCCUCGUGACGGAGUCUUUACUUGUUGUGACGGCUACCCUGUCGAAGGAGGCCUACUGUGAGAUCUUGGGCGCAUUUCCUAGGCCCAUUCAGCAGCAUGUUUUACUGAUGGCGUUUAGGAGCCGUGAAAAACUUCUUCCGCGGUUUGCCCCCAUGAAUCUUGCCCGCAUGCGGCUCUGCCCUCUACUUACCGAACUUAGCGACGAAAACCUGCUGCAUCUCAUGGAUUACCUUGUUCCAUGCACGCGAGCCGCUGGCAUGCAAAUUGGUGAACCCAACAACCCCAAACACAUAUUUUUUAUUCGACGGGGUGCAGUACAUAUUCGUGAUGAGGAGGCUCUUGUGGCAGAAGUGAUCCCCCCCACGCAAGCAAGGAGCCGAAGCCUCUUUUUGGAGGGUCAUACUUUUGGCGAGCGACAGUGCAUUUUUCGCGAGGCUCUCGGGGACUGCUUUUACGCGUUAACAAACGUGGACUUGUAUUUGCUGCCAUUUUCUGUGCUCAUUCAAUUUAUGAAGCAGCAGCCAGACGCACGGACGACGAUUUACGCCUCUGCGAGGGCGGCCUCCGCAGUGCUGGAAAACGAUUAUGGGGGGAUGCGGUUUGUCCCAGCUUCGCUGGAGAAGCUGGGCAUUGUUAUGUUGGGCUCUGCGCAGCUCUCUAAGUGGUUUCAGCGGCGUGUCAACAUCAGCACCGCCAGCUCCAGUUGUACCUCAGUUUUUGGCACCCUGAACUCGAACCUGGGAAAGGUGAAAAACCCAAUGGGCUACGCUGCUCCUGGGGCCUCACCGCAUUUUAUUGAGCAGAUACACAAGAUUCCACUGCUAAAUCUCUGCACACCACCCGACGCCUUCUACGUCGAGUGCGCACUGCACUGGAAGAUGACUUCAUACGACUCGGGGGAUUACAUUGUCCAUCGUGGCAGCGAGUGCAACUGUCUGCUGCUGUUCCCACAGGGAGGUGCUGCUGUCGUGUUGGAAGAAAAACAUAUUCCACAGGGGGCCGUGAACUUGCCCCCAGCUGCCUUGCAUAAUAAACUCUCAGCUGUGCCACGGGAGUGUAUCAUAGGCUACACGUGCGUGCGCAGACACCCGUGGACGCUCAGCGUUAUUGCCAUGGAAUCUCAAGUGGAGGUGUGGGAGAUGAAACGAGUGACAUUUGUAGAACUUCUUCGGAAGCAUCAGUUGGACCGGAAGCUGCAGGACCUUGUGCUGCAGCUGAUGCAGCCGCUCAUGCGACUGAGGAGUCGCUCCGUGGUUCUUGACAUGCAGCCACUUUUGACGCCAUUGCCUAACUCUCUCUGGAGUGAAGGACGCAUUCCCAACCUGCAUCCUGUGAGCCCGUCCGAAUGUCUGCGCUUCCCGGUCUGGAAGGAGGGAGAUUUCCCAAUGCAAUCCCACAACUUAAACCGCCGUUCAAGCAUUUUCUAG